AUGGCGCUGAUCGAGGGCGUUGGCGAUGAGGUGACCGUGGUCUUCGCUUUGCUGCUGGUCGCCGUGGUACUGGGGCUGGCCUGGGCCUCCACCCGCGCCCCCGAGCCCACCGCCACGCCCCGCGACGCCGCUGCGCUACCCGAGGAGGGACCGAGCACUGCACCGGCACCCGCAGAGCAUAAAGCCUCGCCGGCGCCGGCGGCCGCAUCUGCAGCCGGAGCAGCCCCCGAUGAGGCGAGCGGGCUGGCGGCGGGGCUACGGUCCAGGGCCGGUCCCGCACCGGCGCAGGGCCCCCUCGGGGAGGGGGACGGUGACCCCGCCGAGCCCACCAUGGUGCUGCGGCUGAAGUUCCUCAACGACACGGAGCGGCUGGCCCGUGUGCGCCCCAGUGACACCGUCGGGGCCCUGAAGAGGGCCCAUUUCCCGGGGCAGGAGCAGCAGGUGCGACUUAUCUACCAGGGCCAGCUGCUGCGCGACGACAGCCAGAGCCUGGCCGCACUUCACCUCGCCCCAAACAGCGUCCUGCACUGCCACAUCUCCCCGCACAGUCCGGGCCCCGCGCCUCCGGGUCCCCGCGCCUCCGCUGACCCCGUGCACGCCGCCCUCAACGUGGGCAGCCUGAUGCUGCCACUCUUCGUGCUGCUGCUGGCUGUGCUCUGGUACUUCCAGCUCCAAUACCGCCACGUCUUCACCGCCACCGCCACCACUUUCUUGGCCGGCCUCACUCUCCUCUUCAGCUUCAUGGCCUUCACCAUGUACCGCAGAUAGCACGGCACCGCGCC